AUGAAGGAAGCUUCUCCUGAUCCACCCAAUAUAGAUGGCAGUCGCUCUGGUGCACAACCCGCAGCGCCCACUGCUCAGGGCUUGAAUGAGCACAGCAACAACACUCAACACAAAGAGUUGAACGAAAAACAGAAUGGCAGCUCUGGCUCUGUCAACGGCGGUGACCCUCAAGGUCCCAGCCGAAACAACUCCUCUCUUCUCAAGGCCCUCUCUGCUGGCCAUGUCCCGUCUCACUCAUCGUCUCAGGCUGCACGGCCGGGGUCUGUCAUAGAGACUCCCAACAAGGCCGAGGAGCCGUCACAAGAGAAACCCAAUUCAACCAGCAAAAUGAACAGAUUCUUCGCUGAAGUUAAGCGAAGCGUCAAAAUUUCCAUCUUCCACAGUUGGCUCAACAUCCUCCUCAUCUUCGUCCCUGUUGGUAUCGCAGUAUCUCAGGUAGAUGGCAUUAGUGGAGGUAUCGUUUUUGCACUUAAUGCAGUUGCCAUUAUUCCUCUUGCUGGUCUCUUAGCUUUUGCUACCGAGUCUGUUGCCCGAAAGAUGGGCGAUGCUCUUGGCGCGUUGCUGAAUGUCACUUUUGGUAACGCCGUGGAACUCAUUAUCUUCAUCUCAGCCUUGACGAAAAACGAGAUUCGCAUUGUUCAGGCAUCUCUAUUAGGUUCAAUCUUAGCGAAUUUAUUGCUUAUCCUAGGUAUGAGCAUGCUUCUUGGUGGCUUGCGCUUCAGAGAGCAAGUCUAUAACAGUACUGUCACUCAAAUGAGUGCUUGUUUGCUCAGUUUGAGUGUUAUCAGCCUUGUUCUGCCGACAGCCUUUCAUGCUUCCUUCCGAGAUAAUGCUCUCGCUGACCAGCAAUCCCUCAAAAUCAGCCGUGGAACGAGCAUAGUCCUGCUGCUUGUAUACGUCAUCUAUCUCAUGUUCCAGCUCAAAUCUCAUGCUUACAUGUAUGAGUCGACUCCUCAGCAUAUCAUCGAUGCUGAGUUGGCCCCUGGACCCGCUGCCGGCCUUCUGGAUUCUUCCAGCUCUGACGACAGUUCAUCCUCAAGUUCAGAUUCAUCUGACUCUGACUCAUCCCACGGUACAAUGCGUAAGAAAAUGAAGAAGGUCCUACGAAAUAGGCGGCAUAGAAGAUCUAGCACUGCUUCGGUUGAUACCGCUGAUACCAAAGGAACCCGCAGCACCUCGUUCACAACGACAAACACCACCCCGCAGGAUGAGGUCUCUGAGGCAACAGCUUCGCGUCAUCGUAUUCCUCGCUUUCCAUCUUACGAAGGUAGUGAGAGUGCCAUUGAAGAAGAGGAUGAAGAAGAGGCAAAGCGUUCACGUCGACGCCGUCGAUAUCGCCGACAUAGGCACCGCAAGAGCAAAAAGCAAGCUCGUCAUGCCAAGAAGGCCGCAGGCGUUACUGAGGCACAGAAUGAGAUGCCCGAAAAUGCUCUGCAGAAUAAUGACGAAGGUGAGCCUCGACGUGUGGACUUCGCCGUCCAGGGUGACCUUGAGGCUGGCCCCUCAAACACCGGCAAACGGCCAUUUCCCCUUCGGGGAUUGUCUGUCAAAAACAUCGCCCCCGUUUUCACUGAAAAGUCGACGGUGGCAUCUACUCCCGUCCCUCACGUUCGCUAUGGAAUUAGGCGCACAAAUUCUCUCCCGGACCGUCUCCAGUUUCGAGCGCCAGGCGCCAUGUUGCCCUCUUCUGUUCCUCCAAUCUUGACUGCCCCUGGUGCUCAAAUGAUCGCCAAGGAACAGGAGAACGAAGAAGAACACCUCACCCAAGCUGGUGCCAUCAUUCUCCUCCUCGUCUCCACAGCUUUAGUUGCAGUUUGCGCUGAAUUUCUGGUUGAUUCUAUUAAAGAGGUCGUUGAGAAUUCUGGAGUCAAUGAGGUCGGAAUUGGUCUCAUCAUUCUCCCUAUUGUUGGCAACGCUGCUGAACAUGUCACCGCCAUCAAGGUCGCAUACAAAAAUCACAUGGAUCUUGCGAUCGGUGUGGCUGUAGGCAGCUCCAUUCAAAUUGCUCUACUCCUUACUCCCGUCAUGGUUAUUCUCGGAUGGAUCCUGGACAAGGACAUGUCUCUUUACUUUACACUAUUUGAGACCGUCUGUCUGUUCGUUUCGGCGUUUAUUGUCAACUUCCUUGUCCUGGACGGACGAAGCAAUUAUCUAGAAGGUGCUCUGCUCUGUGCGGUGUACAUCAUCAUUGCUGUUGUAGCUUUCUUCUAUCCCGAUGACGGGAAAGCCAGCGAGUGGGGUGGGGGCAGUUAG